AUCAAAAAGAUGUAUUCAUGGCGGUACAUCCCUAUUUGUAUAAGACUCAUAUCCAAGAAUGAUACCCACAGCUACUCAGGGAUCAAUUUAAUACUCCAAGACAACCAGGGGAAUGUGGUGGUUGACUACAGUUUGACAAUUAACCAUAUUCCCGUAACGCAGUUGAAGAAUAACUUUACAGUUUAUGUAACUCUGAGUCAAUUGAUUGAUCAAGUAAAUGUGAAUUGGCUUACCGCUGAGUAUUCUUAUGAUAUUCCAAUUGUUUCGAAGGCCGGAGAUGUUUUAUACGAUUUUUUACAUUAUUUUGAGCUGCAUGGGUUCAAGCUAUUGCCAAAUGAUUUAAUACAAAAUAAUAAUCUCAAUUCGAUCAACUUAUUGGGAUUGAGGUUAAAAAAUCCAUUGUAUUCGGUUGUCGGCUUGAAAAAUUAUAAUCAAAUUCAGUUUAACGAUCAUGGUUCUAAAUUGGAGGAAAUAAACCUUGAAUCAUUCCCGUUCAAUUUUACAAAUCCGUUGCUUUUCUCGAGUUUCCAAACUUCGGGUCACUUAAAUUAUGUAAUAAAUGAUAAGCUGUCAAGUGUUGCAUAUUUGUCAGAUAUAAAGUAUUUGGAAAAUAUGGUUGGUAGUGUUGUCUUUAAGUCAAAUCUGAGUCAAUCAUUUGGCUUAUUAAUGGGUAAUUUGAAGAAACUCAAUGGUGACGGUGACUUAUUGCUAAUAUUGUCUUGGUCGAGAAUCUUAUCAUUGAUUGUUCAUAAAUUUAGAAACAAACUAUUAUUAUCAAGUAUUAACUUGAAUAAAACUUUGGCGGUUGAAACUAUAUCCAAUCAAUCAGUAUUACCAAUAACUAUUUCUAAUGAUUCGUCUGGUUAUUGGGGGUCUUGUAUCUACUAUAACAGCUCAACCUUAAUUACAAAUACCCACGUUAUUCAACCGUUAAUCGAUGAUCCUAAACGCCAUAGUGCUAUCAUUCAUCUACCUUUAAAUAACCUGAUUAAACUAUCCGCAGAUGAUGUGUUGAAAACUCCUUUCCAAAAUCUUGAUUUAACUUUCAUCACACUUUCAACUCGAAACAUGAAUAGAGUUAGAAAAUUAGUAAGACCAAUAAGUUUCCCUUCUAAACAUUCUCAAAUUGGUGAUAAAGUCAAUACCAUUGGUUAUGGCCUUUUUUUCAACCCUCGUUCCGUUACACCCAUUCAGUCUUCUGGUACACUUUUAACUCAAUAUUCGUUACCAUAUUUCCCAGAGUCAGAUCCAAAACCAGUUAUAUCUAUUACCUCAUCUUCAUGUUGGAAUGGUUCCUCGGGUGGCGGAUUAUUCAAUUCUAAUGAUGAAUUGAUUGGAAUUAUCUGUUCAAAUGCAACGGUAAGAUUACCCAAUUUUAAAGAAGAUGGCCAAAUAAUAAAUGGCGAGUUAGAGAAAUUACUGAAAUUUUGCUUAGCUUUACCCACUGAGUUGAUAAAAGAAGCUUAUAAAUUCAUCGAUAAUGAGAUUCCAGAAAAAUUGAAUGAUAAAAUUGAUACGAUUUGGAAUUUACAAAGUUAUCAUAAUGAUGUUAUGGUAAAUGAAAGGGAUUAUAAAUUGUAA